AUGAAUUCCACACACAAAACUCCGCUGUCCUACCUGUGUGCACAGACGGUGCUAAAUUAUGUGGACUUUUCAUUACGAACAACUUUAUCCAAAAAGUGUCCCGGCUUUGCAACUCUCCAUAAGUUCUCUCCGGCUCGAAUCCAACGUCUCAGUCUUAACAAAAACAGAAUAGAAUUUGACCAUACUAUUUAUGGAGUGACUAUAAUCCGCAUUCGUAAAGAAGGAGAACCUUCGGAACACGUCAAAGGGAUGAAUAGCAAAGGAGGAUGGGAAUGCGAUUUGGAUGAGUACGGAUUUGCGGAAGGAGAGCGCAUCUAUUCCGUGGACGAUUUGGAAAAGACACUGGCAAGAGCAGAAAUGCAAUUAGAAAAAGAUCUGAGCACUGCCAAUCCCAAGGCUGCAGAAGCUAUCAAGAAAAACUUUAACAGAGAGCAUAGAGAUAAAAGCGAUAAAAUUGAAGCGUUAAAAUUAAAAGCAGGAAACCUACCAUCUGCGUAUGAUCAGUAUAUUCGCAUGGUUGUGAUUUCUAGUAAAUUCAAAACCGUGGAAUAUGUCAAAUACACCCAAAAACUACACAAAGCAAUGGAAUAUUUGAUGUCUAAAAUAUUUGGACAUUCGAUUAUGAGUAACAAAAAGAUAAUAGUUGGAUAUUUGACGAUCGAGGAUGGUGCAAGUGUUUAUCUGGAAACAAUAUCUCCUAGAAUAAACUAUGAAGAUCAUCCUCUCAACACAAUUACCACUGUGGGUGGAAACUAUGUUGAGUUCCCAAUCGUUGGGUCAGCUGAUCUACAUGUUAUCAAAGGAGGGGACUUUAUCAAUUGUUCAAACGCCCUUCGUGUUCACUUUAAAAUUGAUCGGUUUCAUGUUGACGAUUUCUAUAAUUUGCUUGAGUACCUCAAAAAAGGAAACUGCCCAACUGGAAAGCACAUCUCGAUUAUUUAUGUAUACAUGAUAUUCUUUGCAUUGAGAUCAAUCCCAAACUCUGUGAGAGGCAAAUUUCCUGGAGAUAAAAAUCCGAUCAAGUGUUAUACUGUACGACACGGCAAUCCAGGAAAAGAAAUAAACUGUUUCUUUGUGAGAAAGGCUCUUAUCACCGAACUUCACAUCAAAAUUCACCCACGAGGAUUUGCCACCAAAUACUGA